AUGCUCGAGCGAUUUCUGAGGCCCGCCUGGACUAUUGGUCUGGGCCAGAUGCUCGGGAUGCGACGCUGUGGCCCGCAGCGCGGUCACUGUCACGGGGUGAGACUCGGAGCAUCUCACCCUUCCGCGGAAACGGACCCCCGGCGCGACGAUGGCCCGCAGGUCCGAGGCUCUGCGGCACAACUCCGCACAAAAUGCGACGACGCCCUUCCAGUCCUUCUACCGCGCGGUACUACGUGCUCGCUUGAUACCGCGAUGGCCACGCAAAGCCCCGACCCGUUCCUCCGGAUGAGGACUCUUACCCCCUCAACCCUCCUCUACGACCCUCCCUCGCCCUCCCACGAUCUAACGAUCCUCUUCGCAUGGUACGCCGCCUCUGACGCCCACAUCGCCAAAUACCUGUCUCACCACCUCCUUCUCUUCCCGCACACCCGCCUCCUCCUCAUCAAACACCCAGCCACGCACGUCCUCUCACGCCCUCGUUCCCAAGCCGCCCUCGCCCCGGCGCUGUCCCUCAUCGCCGGCCUGCCCCCGCCGGCCAGCGACAAGGACCACCGCCUCCGCCUGCACGUCUUCUCCAACGGCGGCGCCGCAAGCCUGCACCGCCUCCUCGCCCUGCUGGGCCCCGCGGCUCUGCCCCCGCAUGUCGCCGUCUUCGACUCCUGCCCGGCCCCCUUUCGUUUCCGCAGGACCCACGGCGCCCUCGCGACGGGCGUGCCCUGGCCGCUGGCACCGGUACUGUACAUCUUGCUGGCGAUCUACUGGCUCCUCCACGUGCCGCUGCGCCGCUCGAGCUCUCUCGACCGGGCGGCGGCGGCGCUCAAUGCGGAGCGGGUCACCGCAACCGAGCUGCGGCGGACAUAUGUAUACAGCGCGGACGACAAAAUGGUCGGCUGGAAGGAUGUCGAAGCGCACGCCGACGAGGCGGCGGCUGGAGGGCUGGAGGUGAGAAGAGAGCGGUUCGUGGGCAGCGGACAUGUAGCACACGCCCGGACCGACUCUGCGCGUUAUUGGAAGGUCGUCACGGAGACGUUCAAGAAGGCGGCAUGA